GUGAUUUAGGGUUUACCGAUGGCGCCUAAAAAAGUUUCGAAACGACAUUCGACGGAAGUGAAACCAGAAAGUCUCGAGAAACUGCGAAAGGGGACAGACAAUGGCGACGGAGGAUCUACAUGGGUUGAGCCAACAACGGUGAUCGUAAAACCUCCAGAUCAGUUAAACUUGACGGAGAAAGAGCUCGAGCAAGAGUUCACAAGAGUUUUGAGUGCGAAGGAUCCGGUAGCACCUCAGAACAUCGUCAGGUUUAGUUUCAAAGAGCGCCUGUACAAGCUCGACCCGUCAGUGGAGCAAUGCGCCCAGCACUUUGAGAUGGAAGGAAACCUGUUGCACAGAGAGUCAGAGGACGGCAAACGCAUCGUGGCAGAAGUAGAGGCAAGGAAGAUUGCUGAGCAGAGGGCUGUAGAGAUGGCUCAGAUGGGAGCGCCGGAAACCAGCACGGAGUUUUCAGGGGGCGAGUCAAAGAAGCUGAGAAAUCAGUUCAACUACUCGGAACGAGCCUGCCAAACCUUCAACCAGCCCCUGCGCGAACGAGCCACCAUCACUGAACCUCCUCCGAGCCUGACCAUCAAUUGCCAGGUCAACCAGUGGGAAAUCUUUGACGCUUACGUGGAAGACGUCGAACGUCAGAAGCUGCUCAAGGAGCGCGCGGCAAGCCAGCAGCAAGCAAAGAAAUCAGUAGCGAACAAAGACGAUGCUGAGCAUGAUCAUGACGACGGCGACAUGAAGGAGGGCGCGAAAGAUGCGGACAUUGUGCAUAGUGCUGCGAUGAGCCGAUCUCUCAAGAUCAUGGAGAGAAUGGUGAAUCAGAACACAUGGGAUGAAAUCGCUCAGGACUACAAGUACUGGGACGACCAGUCAGAUUCCUUCAAGGAGGGAGAGGGAACUUUGCUUCCCCUCUGGAAGUUUUGGACGGAGAAAGUGAGGAGAAAGCAUGUAACGGCGCUCUGUUGGAACCCGGAGUACAACGAUCUGUUUGCGGUGGGCUACGGCAGCUAUGACUUCAUGAAGCAAGGGUCGGGAGUCAUCUGCUGCUUCUCGCUGAAAAACCCUUCUCACCCGGAGUACUCUUUCACCACUGAGACCGGAGUGAUGUGCCUUGACUUCCACCCGCAGCACUCCUCCCUCCUGGCUGUGGGAUGUUAUGACGGCACGGUCAUGAUCUUUGACAUCAGAAACAAGCUCAACAAGCCCAUCUUCUACUCAACGGUCAAGAACGGCAAGCACACAGACCCGGUGUGGCAAGUUAGCUGGCAGGAAGAAGAUCUCGCCAAGAAUCUCAACUUCUUCUCCAUCUCGUCUGACGGCAGAGUCACCUUGUGGACGAUGAGCAAGAGCGAGUUGCAGUACACCGACGUCAUGGAGCUCAAGCUAGUCGGCAUCACCCACGGGCCGGACGACAACAGUGAGGAAACUUCGCUGGUUGGCCUUGCUGGAGGAAGCUGCUUCGACUUUCACGGGUCAAGCGAGCACUUGUUUGUUGUUGGAACAGAGGAAGGGAAGAUACACAAGUGCUCCAAGGCCUACAACAGUCAAUAUCUCGAGACGUACAACGGUCACUACAUGUCUAUCUAUGCGGUCAGAUGGAACAAGUUUCAUCCUCGCAUUUUCCUCACGGCGAGUGCUGAUUGGACAGUCAAGAUCUGGGAUCACACGCAGAAACAGCCCUUGAUGUCCUUCGACCUUGGCAACGCUGUGGGCGAUGCAGCUUGGUCCCCCUACUCAUCUUCUGUCUUUGCGGCUGUCACCAAUGACGGGAAGGUGCACGUGUUUGACCUCGCAGAGAACAAGCACGAGCCCAUGUGCGAUCAGAAGGUGGUCCGAAAGAGCAAGCUCACGCAUGUUGUCUUCAACCCCAAGCAGCCGCUGCUACUUGUCGGCGAUGAUAGAGGAGGAGUCCUUUGCUUGAAACUCUCUCCUAAUCUGCGCAAGACCGAGGAGGUGAGGUCCAAGGAGAAGGCGGCUGCUUCUUCUGGCUCAGCAGGCGCUGACGCUGCUCGGAAACCUCCCGCGAAGAAGAGAGCUCAUGAGGGAGAGCAGGGAGGAGCCGAGGAGAAAGUGAAGUCAGCGGCAGACAUGGAGAUUGAAAGGCUCGAGAAGAUUCUCGGCCUCGAUGAAAACUCUGCGCGUUGAGGGCUUUCAUUGCUUCUAGCACCAGCCGUACAUGUCGUAAUAUACAUAAAAACCAGGAACGUCUCC